AUUUUACCCCAGAGCAUAUGCCCGAGCCUCCCAAAGCCUUUUCAGUCAUAAUUUUCAUUUUAAAAACUUGCUACGACUUGCAAGGAAAUUUCCAGUCUACAGGAGAUAUGUGUCGAUUGUUAUGUUGCUGCUGCACAACGGGACUAAAGUGUAUCAUCUCAUUUGCGUUUUCGUUUGUCGGUGUCCUGAUCAUAAUUGGUUUAGUUAUAUACUUUUGCUUCUUCUAUAACAAAUCGGGGGAGACAACAAAAGCUGAUGAAACCACCGAAAUGGGCAACACUGUUAAAGCUAUGAAGGACCUUUUGGAAACCACAAGCGAACCAUCCAGAAUGAGAGCCUUUCUUCAUAAGCUAAUCGACACUAUUUAAAAAGAUUAAAUUUUGACUUCGACUUUUGUGUCAAAAACACUCGGUUUGGCCAGGAAAAAAAUUUAUCCGUUUACAUAUGUGCUCUUUAUUAUUUCAACAAGAAAAAGCUAGCUUGUCUAUUUAGAUGACUCUUGGAGUGGCUACAUUCCUUCACAUAAUGGUCAAAAUUUUUAAUUUAAAAUUCUACCAUCAUACAUCUGAACAUAAUAUUGUCCGUCACCACGCAACAUUUUAAAAAUCCUUGAAACAUUUUGAAACCUUUUCUGAAUACAUAUGUGCAUUGCUCAAUGGAAUUUGACGGAAAAGACAUUUCUUUGCACUGUAAUAAUUAUAUGUUUUAUUGUUAUGAUGGUGGUGGUCGUAAUAUUUGCAAGUUUCAAAUUUUCUCAACGAUCAUUCCCUUGGUCGUAAAAUAUUCCAUUUUGAAGGAUGAAAUGAUGGAUUAAAAAAUGCUUUGGCAGCUACAUAUAUUAAUUGAAAUACUAUUCCAUGAAUUAAAUUUAAGCCAAUGCAGCUUGGUCAAGAGCACUUGGCACUUUGUUAGCUUUCGUCUCACUUAGUUGGGUAUCCUGUAAGGAAAAUCUGUGGAAAAACCGCCAGACCAUCAACGGUUGUUGUGUGAAAAACUGAUGCCAGUAGUUAACGGCACUUUGUAUGCAAAGUGCAAGACAAAAUGAAAACAAACAAAGAAAAAGGGAGUAAGAAAUGCGGAAGGAAGCCCGAAGAAGACGUCCGCCCCAUGGCCGCAAAACUGUUUUUUGGCUACCAUUUGAUUAUAUAAAAAUUUCAACAUUCCUUUUUUCCUAUAUUUUUUUUUCUGUAGAGUACUCACUUGUCUGCCACCCACCACUUUAUUUGCUGGUUGUAAGCGUUUAGUGGCAAACAACUGACAGCUGCCGAAAUGUCGGCAAACGUUUAGUUCCUCCACCAGAUGGUGCACAAAAAAAGUAUCUACGUAUCCGUAUCCCUGGGUAUCUGUAUCUGCGAUGUGAUUAAGAUGGUUAGUCAUUCUAUUUAAGAGCUUGGCCCUAAGCUCUG